AUGGCAGCUAGAGUUCCAACUCCUCACUAUUCUAAGCCUUCGGGGUAUAGAGAUGCCAGACAUUUGCCAAAGCCUUUCAAGCUUCGUAGAUACUACACUCCUACUGAGAUAUCUCUGCAUAACACAGCUGAUGACUGCUGGGUAUCGUUCUUCAAUGAGGUCUACAAUUUGUCCAAGUUGAUUCAAGACAAUUACGGUGAUGAAUGCAGACCCUUAAUCAAGGCAGCAGGCACUGAUAUUACUCAUUGGUUUGACCCUCUCUCUCAAGAUCCAAAAACUUGGGUAGACUCGAAGACCAAUAUGACCUGGUUCUAUUGUCCACAAGGCAGAUACUUGCACAUCCCACCCAUUGAGCCAGAUUCAACUUGGGACACUACCUCCUUCACUGUCCCCUGGUGGAGAGACAAAUCUCUUUGCAUUGGAAAACUGACUCUUAAGACUAGAAAGCUGAGAAUUAUAAAUAUGCUUACUAAGAAUGAUGACAUUUUAGAAGUCUGCAGUGAAGAGACAAUGAAUGAAAUACUUGACAGGUACAUGGAUUUAAAUGAGCACUCAGCCAGCUACACCUGGAAGAGACUAGGUCGCCCCUUAGAUAUGGAGAAGACUCUUGAGGAAAACGAUAUUCCAGAUCAAACAGAGGAAUUCAUUGAUCUUAAUAUAGAUGAGGAUGCCUACAUCCCUGCUGUACACCUUUACUACAAUGACGACUUAACUGUAGCAUGA